AUGUGGAUGCUGCAGUCCAUCUUGCUCUGUUUACCCUUGUCUCUUGCUUUAAGUGGCCACCAGAAGCCCGAGGCACCAGAUUAUCCUGGUGAACUCCAUUGUGGGCUACAAAGUCUUCAGUUCACCAUAAACCUGAGCCAGGGGACAGCAGCUCCUACACUGAUAGCCUGGGACAACCACGGGCUGCCACACAGGCUGCAGAAUGACUCUGGCUGUGGUACCUGGCUAAGGGAGGGUCCAGGCAGCUCCAUGGUGCUAGAAGCCUCUUACAGCAGCUGCUAUGUCACCGAGUGGGUAAGGACAACCCAAUCGCCAGGAAUGCUGCGAACCCCUGCACCACCAUCAGGGGUGACUCCCCAGGAUCCCCACUAUAUCAUGCUACUUGGAGUUGAAGGAGCAGAUGUGACUGGACGCAGCAUGGUUACAAAGACAAAGCUGCUGAAGUGUCCUGUGGAUCCCCCAGCCCUAGAUGCUCCAAACGCUGACCUGUGUGAUUCUGUCCCAGUGUGGGACAGGCUGCCAUGUGCUCCUUCACCUAUCAGUCAAAGAGAUUGUGAGAAGGUUGGUUGCUGCUACAAUUUGGAGGCUAAUUCCUGUUACUAUGGAAACACAGUGACGUCCCACUGUACCCAAGAUGGCCACUUCUCCAUUGCCGUGUCUCGGAAGGUGACCUCACCCCCGCUGCUCUUAAAUUCUGUGCGCUUGGCCUUCAGGAAUGACCAUGAAUGCACCCCUGUGAUGACAACACAUACCUUUGCCACCUUUUGGUUUCCAUUAAAUUCCUGUGGUACCACAAGACGGAUCAUCGGAGACUGGGUAGUAUAUGAAAAUGAGCUGGUCGCAGCUAGAGAUGUGAGAGCUUGGAGCCAUGGUUCUAUCACCCGUGACAGUAUUUUCAGGCUUCAAGUUAGCUGCAGCUACUUGAUCAGCAGCAAUGCCUCCCAGGUUAAUGUCCAGAUUUUUACGCUCCCACCACCCCUUCCUGAAACCCAGGCUGGACCCCUUACUCUGGAACUCAAGAUUGCCAAAGAUAAGCGCUAUGAAUCCUAUUACACUGCCAGUGACUACCCAGUGGUGAAGCUGCUUCGGGAUCCCAUUUACGUGGAGGUGUCUAUCCGCCACAGAACAGACCCCCACCUGGGGCUGUUCCUCCAGCACUGUUGGGCCACACCCAGCACAAACCCCCAACAUCAGCGCCAGUGGCCCAUGCUGGUGAAAGGGUGCCCCUACACUGGAGACAACUAUCAGACGCAGCUGAUCCCUGUGCAGAAAGCCCUGGAUCCUCCAUUUCCAUCUCACUACCAGCGUUUCAGCAUUUUCACCUUCAGCUUUGUGGACUCAGUGACAAAGAAGGCACUCGGAGGAUCGGUAUACCUACACUGUAGUGCGUCCAUCUGCCAGCCUGCUGGGACACCAUCCUGUAUGAUAACCUGUCCUGUUGCCAGGAGAAGAAGAAACUCCAACAUCCAUUUUCAUAACCAUACUGCUAGCAUUUCUAGCCAGGGUCCCAUGAUCCUACUUCAAGCCACUAAGGACUCCUCAGAAAAGCUCCAUAAAAAACCAAGUUCUCCUGCAGAUUCCCAAGCUCUGUGGAUGGCAGGCCUUUCUGGGACCUUAAUCAUUGGAGCCUUGUUAGUGUCCUACUUGGCUAUCAGAAAAUGGAGAUGA